AUGACAAACUCUCCUCCGCGUAUAGACAUCACCUUCUCCAUCACUCCCAGCACCCACAGUUUCUCCUCUCCCCUCCCUCCAACCUUAGAUCUCACCCUCCUCUCCCACGCCUCAGCCCCCAUCACCCUCUUCACCUGGAACACGCCCUUCCACCUCCCUCACUGCCUCACAAACACCUCCCUCUCAAUCCACAACACCAAAACCUCCACCCCCGUCCCAACCACCAAGCUUUUAAUCCAAAGACCCGCCCUGACACGCGUGCGAGGUUCCUACGACGAAGUCCUAUUCCUGACUUUGCUUCCUGGCGUCCCUGUAACGCUUUCCAGGCCUUUUGGACGCAAUGCAACGAUGAAGCCGCUGCCGAAGCAUAUGAUACAAAGGGGCUGGGAACUCGAUGCGGACGGCAACGAACGACGCAUCCGCAGAUCCACCAGAGCAACUGGUGUGGAUGGUUUGGAAGCUGGUUGCAGUUACUCGGUCGGUUUGAAUAUGGACUCUUUGGAACAAUGCAAAUGGGCGUUCGCGACAAAAGAUCAAGUGCUGGUGGAAAAGGGGGAUGCAGGAUCUCACGUUGGUGAUUUUGCUUGGGAGAUGCAAGUGAAGAAUGAAUGGAUUGUCACGGAGGCGGUGUUGGAUGUCACUGACUAG